AUGAUUUGCAAGAGGAAAACAAGUACAGCAAGUUAUAUAUCGACGCUUCUUCAACUGUACAUAUUAUUAAGCGUAGCUGUGGGUACUAUUUAUUUUCAUCACGUUAAAGAAUCUGAUUUCAAGCCAAAUCGUUACUACACUUGUACCGCUGAAAAUACCAAACUCAAAGAUUACAAAUUCGGUAGUCAGUUUCGCCUGGAUGUAACAAAGAAUCGCCGGCGAGCAUUAACAUCACCGAUACCUCCGAGCGAGCAAUAUGUAAACCAAAGUUCUCCGAUUGCUUUGCAAGGCACAACUCAUAAACUUCACUGUUUCUUUAGUGGAUAUCCGGAACCACGACCAGUAUGGCGACAUAAUGGUGUUGAUAUUUCGGAGGAUGAUCCACGAUUUAUCUUUGAAGCAUACGGAAAAACUUUAGUCUUCAAUGUUAGCUUAGAAACAGAAGGGCAAUAUGAGUGUGUUUUUAAAGCUCAGUCAAAUCUAGAUCGCCGUUUCAAUGUUGUUGUUGAAGCCGCGCCGUAUUGGCCAUCAGGCCCACCACCAGAUAAAAGAACAAGUGAAGGAGAAGACGUGACCUUCGAUUGCACUGCUUAUGGCAAGCCGACUCCUGUUGUUUCAUUCUUUAAAAAUGGUGUUGAAAUGACUCCGCGAGACGAUGAUGAAAACAGAAAUUGGAAAAUAACAGGAAGCAUCCUGACAUUAAGGAACGUUAAGAAAGGUCUGGCUGGUAGUGGUGAUAAUGCUGUUUAUCAGUGCAAAGUAAAAAACAAACAUGGGUACUUGUGGGCUAAUUUCUACCUUAAUCUUCUUGCUUUCAAACCAGAACUCCUAUCCGAUCCAGGUGAAGUCGAAGCUGUCAUCGGUCACAAUCUAACAUUAGCGUGUAAAUUUUUCGCUUCACCAAACGUUAACAUUACUUGGGAUGGUACAGUUCUUCACGGUCUACAACAUCAUGUUAUACCAGCAGAUGCUGAUGGUGUAGGAAGACUUAUUAUUUAUGAAAUCGGUCGCGAUGCAGAGGGUGAAUAUACAUGUGUUGGGACAAACAAACAUGGUACUGCAAAAGGAACAGCCCACAUCAUUGUACGAGAGGCAACAAGAUUAACACCUUUCGAGAAACGGCUAGAAAAAGUUUUGGCUGGUCAAAGACUCGAAUUACUCUGUGAAGCUGAUCAUGAUGAGAACCUGGAAGUGACUUACGAAUGGCUUGUUAAUGGAAAGCCAUUACUGGAGCAGUACAUCCAGUCUGGUCAUUAUCUCGUUACCGACAAAAAUUCAUUAAUCAUUACUAAUCCUGCAAGAUAUGAUGCUGCUAAUUAUACUUGUAUUGCGAGGACUGCACUGGAUUCUUCCGAGAAAUCAAUUCAAGUUGGAGUUGAUGAUGUUCCAAACCCGAUUCACAUGGCAUUUCUCACAAAGUGUGAUGACAUUGCUCAAAUUGCAUCUAUCAACUUUGAGGCUCAGUAUCAAAUAGAUGAAGAAACUGAUGGUGUAGUUUGGCUAACGCAUCCUCAUCCUGCUUUAGCAGAAUCGCUGCAAACAGUUGAUGAUAAUCAACGCACAGUCAAAGGAACAAUUGACGUUUCACUUCGGCCAUUUGGCAAAUAUCGUUUUCGCAUAUUUGGUCGAAAUGAUUUCGGUGAUGGCGCACCAACAGAUGUCAAUGGCGGUUGUAUCACACCAGCUCGAGUGCCUGACAAGAAUCCAGAAGGUGUUUCUGCUACUGGCACACGACCAGAAAAUCUAGUUGUUUUUUGGAAACCGAUGUCAAGAGAAGAUUGGAAUGGACGCAAUUUCCAUUAUAUUAUUCGAUAUCGGCCGGCUGGAUCCGACUCUGAAUGGAAGGAGGAAAUUGUCGAUGAUUCAUACAGUGAUCAUCAUACUAUAGAAUUGCCAGUAGAAGAACCGUUCCGACCAUAUGAAGUCCAGGUUCGUGCUGCAAACGAAAACGGAACCUCUAAUGUAUCACCGCAGUCUGUAGAAGGAAGAACAGGUGAAGGUGAUCCUGGCUAUACACCUACUGGUUUUAGACUUCUUUCUUCUGAUUCAUCUUCGGCAACAUUUGAAUGGGAUCUGAUUGAUCCACAACAAGUACAAGGAAAUUUUACAGGAAUAAAGAUUAGUUUUUGGUCAGAAGAGGAUGAAGGUGAUAAUGAGGAAGACGAAGCGUAUGAAGAACAUAUUGCUACUGCACGAACGGGGGAGAACGGUAAUAAGCGCAUCACUAUCAUUUCACCGGAAAAAAAGAGUGCUACUGUAUUUGGUCUGCGGCCAAAUAGUGUUAAUUAUGCGCAGAUUGCUGUAAUGAAUGGACAGAAUGAUGGUACACCCACUGAUCCGAUUUCAUUCCGAACAAAGGAAGGAGUUCCCACUCCGGUACAAAAUUUGGAAGCAUACCCUAUGAAUGGUCGUAAUGAGCAAGACAGUGGUGUUGUUGUUGUACGAUGGGAUAGACCACGAUUUUAUAAUGGUCGUUUGAUUGGUUACACAGUUGAAAUAUGUUCAGUAGAUGCUGACGGACUUAUGGAGCAAAGGGAGAAUUGUCCUAUUAGGCAACACGAUCAUAAAUAUCGAUUCAUUGUUUAUGGGAAUACAAAUGCUGGACGAGGUGACCCUAACUCAAAAGAUGUGAUGACCUUAACGGAGGACGUGAAAUUCUUCUGUAAGUUUGAUCAUUAUAAAAAGUUUAGUAAAGGCUCGCUUUUCUCAAAUAUAAGUGCUGCCAAUAUGUAA